CAGCAGCUACAUUGCCGGCGUUGGCUGAGAGGGACAGAUUCAGGACCGGCGGGAGGGGGGGUGGAGGCUGGCAGACUUCCCAAAUUCCACAGCAAGGAACCCGGACAGGAGCACUGAGCUGCAAGCCUGUGCUGCCCCCACGCGACGGGAUGAGGCUUGGACGGCCCAGCAGCCGGCAGCCUCCAUGGGCCCAGAGGAGCCGGUGGGGAUCCUGCUGGGCUGAGACUUCCGUCUGGGCUCCUUUAUCCCCCGCAUUCGCAUUCUCCCUUUGGGGAGGGGAACUUGCUGCAGUGUGGAAGCCAAGAACAUGUUCUGCAGUUCACAGGUCCGGAGGCCAAGUCCCACCCCCAGGGGACGCCUGGCACCAAGGGCAGUACAACCCUGGGAGCAGAGCUGUGUUCAUAUACACGUGUGCACCCAGACACCUCACGCCUGCACACACGCGUGCACGAUCUUGGUUGAUAUAGGUCACUAAGACCCAGGGAAGGCACAGUGGGGCUACAGCAGGGCUCUGCAUCUGACUCAGUGAACUUCGACCACUUCCAGAUCCUGCGUGCCAUCGGGAAGGGCAGCUUUGGCAAGGUGUGCAUCGUGCAGAAGCGGGACACGGAGAAGAUGUACGCCAUGAAGUACAUGAGCAAGCAGCAGUGCAUCGAGCGGGACGAGGUCCGCAACGUCUUCCGCGAGCUGCAGAUCCUGCAGGGGCUGGAGCACGUCUUCCUGGUCAACCUCUGGUACUCCUUCCAGGAUGAGGAGGACAUGUUCAUGGUGGUGGACCUGCUUCUGGGAGGGGACCUGCGCUACCACCUGCAGCAGAACGUGCAGUUCUCCGAGGACACCGUGAGGCUGUACAUCUGCGAGAUGGCGCUGGCCCUCGACUACCUGCGCAGCCAGCGCAUCAUCCACAGGGACGUCAAACCCGACAACAUUCUGCUGGAUGAGCAAGGACACGCCCACCUGACCGACUUCAACAUCGCUACCAUCGUGAAGGAUGGGGAGAGGGCGACAGCGCUGGCUGGCACCAAGCCCUACAUGGCCCCAGAGAUCUUCUCUUCCUUCGUCAACGGAGGGACGGGCUACUCGUUCGAAGUGGACUGGUGGUCGGUGGGGGUGAUGGCCUACGAGCUGCUGCGAGGAUGGAGGCCCUACGACAUCCACUCGAGCAACGCCGUGGAGUCCCUGGUGCAGCUGUUCGGCACCGUGAGCGUGCAGUACGUGCCCUCCUGGUCCAAGGAGAUGGUGGCCCUGCUGCGAAAGCUCCUCACCGUGAACCCCGAGCACCGGUGCUCCAGCCUCCAGGACAUGCAGGCGGCGCCCGCCCUGGCCGACGUGCCUUGGGCUGACCUGAGCGAGAAGAAGGUGGAGCCAGGCUUCGUGCCCAACAAAGGCCGCCUGCACUGCGACCCCACCUUCGAGCUGGAGGAGAUGAUCCUGGAGUCGAGGCCCCUGCACAAGAAGAAGAAGCGGCUGGCCAAGAACAAGUCGCGGGACAACAGCAGGGACGGCUCCCAGUCGGAGAACGACUACCUGCAGGACUGCCUGGACGCGAUCCAGCAAGACUUCGUGAUCUUCAACAGGGAAAGGCUGAAGAGGAGCCAGGACCUCAUGAACGAGCCACCCCCCAUCCCCGAGCCCGCGGCCGCGGCGGAGUCCGGGGCCGACGGUGAGGCGGAGCCCUCCGCUCUGCCCAUGUGUGGCUCCCUCUGCCCCUCGGCUGGGAGCAGCUAGGCCACAGGCCGGCACCAUGGGGACAGCUGACUCUCGGACACUAUGGAGGCUCGGACCAGCCGUGGGAGGUGCAGCAGGAGGCCCAGCACCCAGAUGCCUGGCAAGGAGCCCAGGCCAUGUCUUGCACCCACGGUGCAGGGCGACACUGGCGCUGGGGGGAGCUGUGGGUGCCUGCGCAGUGCCACCUGGGCCCCAGCCCCUUGCGGCGUGCAGGGAGCCACCUCGCCCCAGCCGCCCUCCGCCCGCUGGCUGGCAUGUCGGGAGCACUGGGCCCUCAGACUCAGCAGGACGCUGCCCCGCCACCCACACGUUCACUGCCCGGGGCCGAGGGAGGGAAGGGGAAGAACGUUUUCUACUGAAGCCGAGUGCCCGGCAUCUGUAGUUCCCGCCGCAGACAUUACAGCGUGAG